AUGUCAUUUAGAGAUACGAUGACUAACCCUGAUGCUAAUAUGAGUUCUAGUAAUAAUAAAAAGGUUCCGAUUAAUAAGGUUACAAAGCAAACACAAUAUCAGACUACUCCGACCUUGAGCAAUAAAUUGGAAUGUGAUGGGUGCACAUAUAUGAAAUUGAAAUGUUCUGGUAUGCAUCCAUGUACAAAUUGUUUGAAAGCUGAAAAAAUAUGUCAAUUUCCCAAUCAAAAUAAUUUAUCUCUUUUACAAGCCGCUAGUCUAAUAGAUAAGACUAAAAUAGGAACACAACAGACGUCGAUGCAAGAAUUGAUCGAAAGCAAACAUACGAUAAAUUUGGAUCAAAUACCUCCAUUAACAGCUAAGACUGGUAAUAAUGGGUUUUAUAAGGAUGAUAUUAAAAUAGUGGAAAUGUUAUCUAAUAUCCAAAAAUCUAUUUUACAGUUAAAAUCAACCCCUAAUACGUCAGAUCAAGCAAUUUCUAAUGGUGAAGUUACUGAUCCAGGUACAUUGUCUUUGGUUGAGCAAUUAAACAAGCAAGCCAAUAAUAUUAUACGUAGUUGGAAGCCAGAAGUGGAUAUGAAUAAAUUAAAUGAAGAAUUUAAGGAUUUUGAUUAUUCUAAACAGAAAAAAAAUCAUAAAUAUUCAGUAGAGACUUAUUUGAUGAAAAAUAAAUAUAGAGAUGUAGUGCAUAUAACAUCUGUCUCGGCUUGGUCAGGCAAACAAUCAGAUUCGAAUUCCGGUAUACAUGAUUCUCAAAUAUCUAGUUAUUUGGCACAUCAACCUGUAGUCGAUUGGAUGUUUGGCUUAUAUGAUCCAGGUUUGAUUUUUUCAUUAAGAGGUAUAGGUCAAUAUAUUAGAAACAUCACAUCAGAUGAACAAACCACGCAGGAUCAUAUUCAAAUUAAAGAAACUAUUUAUUUAUUAUUAAGAUUAUUCGAUGUUAUCACAGUUCAUAUAUCCCAAUAUUGUGUGUCGAUUUCACAUCCUUUAGAGAGCUUCCUUGAACGAGAAGCUAAAGUUGAAGAAAGUUUAGGAAACUCACCAAUCAUUCAUGUAAACAUGUCAACACCACCAAGUAUACAGGACUCGUUAAAGAGCCCCACAAGUUCUACAUAUAAAGAUUUAGUGACAGUGUUGAUUAAUAAACUACCGUUUCCAUUUGUGGAAGAAAUUACAAAAGUUUCCAGAGAUAAAUUGUUUAGUACUAUAGAAUCCGAUUUCGCCAUGUUUCAUUUAGUUUUACAAAUGUUUGGUUCACAUAAAGAAGCAUAUGAUAAUUUUAUGAUAAAUACCAAGAGAGAUUCAAACGGGAAUAUCUCUUCAGAUUCACUUCAGGUGUUUUUUAAAUUUUCUAAACAACAAGAAAUUUUAUUAGCCCUAGCAUAUCAUUAUUAUACUUGUACUUUUUAUCAUUUCGAUGCUAUGAUUGUUAAUAUCGAAUAUUUUGAAUUAUUAUUGAGUUUGUUGGAUUAUCAAGUUUGGUUAAGUGAUUUAUUUGGUUAUGAAAAAGUAUUGAGUGUAGCAAUGAAUUAUGCAGCAAAAUUAGGUUUAUAUCAAUGGGAGUUUUAUGUAGGUUUACCUGAAGGUGCUGCUGAAAGAAGAAGAAAAUUAUUGUGGAGACUUUACUGUUAUGAGAAGAUAUGGUCAACUACCGAUGGUUUAAUAUCAUUGAUUGAUGAAAAAAAUAUUACUUUCUUAUUAACCAAGGAAUUUAGAACAAUUGGGUUUUCAAAUAAUAAAGAUUUUAUUGAACGAGUACAUUUAUUACCAGUGUCAUCGGAUUUUGAUAGAUUGUCUUUGGAAGAACUUUGCUUUUAUGGUGUAUGUGGUAGUUUACAAAUCUCGUCACAUUUUAGUACAACUACCUUAUAUAAUGAAAAAUUUACUUCAAUUAAAAAUACAUCACUACCAUCAAUCUUUCAAAGGGAAUUGAUAAAUGAGUUAUUUGAUGAAGUAAAUUUAACUCUCAUUAGACUUGAAGCACUAGGUAAACAUACUUCUAAAUUAUUUGAAAUUGUUCGUACAAACGGUCAAUGUUUAACAGAAUAUCUAGAACCUUCAUUGUACAUUAAAAUAUAUGAUUUUGUUCUAUCGUAUUAUCAUAAUAUAGUGACAGUUAUUUGGUCGGUUAGUAAUCUAAUGUCUAGAUUUAUCUAUCCAGAUUUGUACAAUUAUUAUAAGAAUAAAAUUCAAGUAUGGAUGGAUCGUUUAGGAGAUGUUUGGUGGGAUAUGGUAACAUUAUUAUUAAAUAUAGAUAAUGAUUAUAUUCUAUCUCAUUCUUUAAAAUUCUUCCUUGUAGCAUCAAUCCUAACAGCAAAUAAAACAUUUUCAGUUCAAAAAGAUCUUGAGCCAAAAUAUGUCUUUGCAAUUUUAAGAGUCUUAGAAAAAAUUCAAAAUAUCGCAAUUUACAAAGAAAUUUCAAAUAAUAAAAUUGUAAAAGAUACAAUUCUAGUCCAAGAAUACUCCAGAUCACAUCAAAUUUUGUCCAUUAUCGCACAUACAUUAUUGUUAAUUUUUAAAAAACAGCAAAAGAUUUCAAAAGCACAAUUAUUUAGGUAUAUUUUAUUAAAUGCUCCAGAUGUUGCUGAUUUGCCACCAGCUCUUUUAGAUCCAAAAUCGUACAUCUUUAAACCGUUGAUGGAGCCAGUUGAUAAAUCAGGGUUCCACUUGAGUAUGUCAAGAAUGUUGGAAAAGGACAAGAGAUUUAGUUCAGACAAGAAGGAACAUGAUAAGAAUGAUCAUUUAAAUUUAACAAACGACAAGAAAAAUGAUUCGACAUCUGCCCAAACAAAUAAUUUAAUGGCGUCAAAUAUUAAUUCAGAUGUUAAUAAUCCCAUGAAAAAUAUUUCUUUACCUAAUCAAAUGCCACAGCAUAUACCUAAUAAUAUUCAUUCAUUAAAUGUGGCAAGUCCGAAAAUUUCGAAGUAUAUUAAUUCAAGUAAUAUUAAUAACAAUCAACCUUCUAGGAAGCCAUCUAUCAAAAAUAUGAUGGGCUUGGAUGAGUUUUCUGAUAUUAACCUAGCAACGCGACAUAAUACUAAUGUAAUCGAUGCUACCCUAAAUAGUUCUCCAGUCUCUAAUCGAAAUCAUCCUGAAUAUAAAUCAACAAUUAGCUUAUCUAAUUCAAAUAUUAGUGAUGUACCUAAUAAUUAUGGUAGUAUUAUGGAUGACUCAAACCCUAAUAUUCCGCUCUUACAAGGGUAUGAUCUUGGUACAUUGGAUGAGUUUUUAGAUCAUGGUGAUUUGGAUGAUUUAUGGAAAACGAUUUGGAGUGAUGUUUAUACAGAUGAUACGGCAACUAAUCUAACUGGGAACAGACCACCUAUGUUUUAA